AUGUCAAAGCGAAGUCAUGUACCUAACGCGAUAGAUAAUAUGAAUACAUCAGGAAUAGCGCCGUAUUGGAAUGGACAAGAUGUAAAUCAAGCAAUAAAAUCACAUCUAAAAGCACCUAUCAAUUCGCAAAUCAACGCACAAUAUGGUGAAGUGGUACAAUGCUACGAUGGAGUAAACAACAAUCCUUCAUUAAAGCGUGACCGCUCCAAUUCUGAUUGGCAAAUUUCGCCACUGAAGAAGCGUCAAUACGUUCAUCAAGUUUCCUAUUCUCUUCCGUCUUCUGCUGAUCACACUGAUGACGACGACGAUGAUGAAGAUGAAGAAGGUGAUAUCACAAAUGUCAAUGGUAAUAUGAUAAAAACGGGCGAUACGAAACGUGAUGACAGUCGAAGACGAGCUGCACAUACCGCUGCUGAACAGAAACGUCGAAACGCGAUUCGUAAAGGUUACGAUGCUCUACAAAGCCUCGUCCCCAACAGUCAUUUACUCGAUCCUAUCAGUUCACAGAAAGUAAGCAAAGCAGCAAUAUUAAAACGAUCUACGGACUAUCUUAUGGAAUUGAAAAAGGAAACACAGGAGAUUAGUGCACAAUUAGAAGCAAGUAGAACAGACACGUACUGUUUACGGGCCGUUCAAAAAACUUAUGAAGAUAUUCUCGAAAUGAAUUUAAAUUCAAGUAAAAAUGCGAAUGCGACCAUCGAUGAUGAACAUAAGUUUCGAGUGUUUCAAAAUAUCGCCGAUGGUUUAUUUGUCAGUUUCGAUCAAGCUAUGCAAACUGGCCAAGUGACGAAUUUCGCUCAAUUCACUUCGACAAUGCUUCGUUGGAUUGAAGACUCAUGUCGGCCAGGAGACAUCAGUGACACCAUUCGUCGAAUUCUACCAAAUCUUAAAUCUUGA